CGAGUUGUAUGAACCGGAUAGGGACACAUUUUUGUCUUUGUUCCGUCUAUCACAUAUCUAUCGGUUAUUUAAUUGUUUACGCUUGGUCGUCAGUAACCGAAGAUACAUGACAAUGAUUUCGAGUGUUUUCGUAGUGAGUCACAGGGUAGCAAAUUGCAUUCCUUCACACCCACCACCAAUCACAACACUUGUUUCACCGUUUUAUCGUCCGUGUUGUCGGAACCGGUCAUUUAUCGCAAAGUGGAGUUAACAACUUGUGUCUGACCAUUAUGAAUGCUUCAUUUUACCCGACUACACAUAGACACACGUGACAUACAUUCGUCAAUCAACGGGAUCAGUGGCCUCGGCUUUGAUCGGUUCCCUAGCAGAGACGUUUCACGCUGGAUGUUACCAGCUGAAAUGGGUGACUACAAUCGCAGCCCGCCGUCCCCACCUCGGCGGAACAGUGAUACAGUCUCUCCACCACCCCACAUCGCCGAAUCCUCGUUCCAGCGACAAGCAGAGAGUCCAAACAAGGCAUCUUCAGCCAAGACAAUGGACUCGAACAUCACACUAUGGCAGUUCCUACUCGAGCUGCUGGUAAACAGAAAACACCUGUCCAUCAUCCAGUGGACCAGCAACGAGGGCGAGUUUAAGCUCAUCAACGCAGAGGAGGUGGCCAAGCUGUGGGGCCUGCGCAAGAACAAGCACAACAUGAACUACGACAAACUGAGUCGAGCUCUGCGCUACUACUACGACAAAAACAUCAUCAAGAAAGUCAUGGGCCAGAAGUUCGUCUACAAAUUCGUGUCUUUCCCAGAGAUCGUGAAGACGGAGACCAAGAUCCCCUUCAAGGUCAAGAUGGAGUCACUUGCUCAGGAGUAUGGGCAGCGUGUUAUGCCGCAUUUUGCCUCCUUCAAUAUCGAAAACAUAAAAAUCUCGGCACACAAGGCAAUGAGUUGGCAGAUGCCGUCGUCGUCGUCGUCGCCGCCACCACCUUCGUCAUCAUCUGCAGCGUACACAGCGACAUCCCAGACGUCACAGGAAUUCGCGCAGUCGCUGGUCGUUCCCAAGAAGGAAUCGACAUCCUCGUCGUUCGAGGAGACCAAUGUGAUAGUCUCCGUCCCAUCGCACACCUCCUCGUCGCUGUCUAUCAGCAAACCGAAGCCUGGGCCCAUCAAGCUAGGCGCGGUCGCCAUGUCGAUCGGACCUUCCACCACGCUCACCCCAGCCACGAUGGGUCCCAUUCCGAGUCCUACGGCUAGGUCUCUGACGUCAUCAUUCCCAGGAAUCCACACCCCACUGCUGAUGGCAAGUCCCAUGGUUGGGCCACACACGCCGCAGCUCCUGCACUUCUGGAGCUCGCUCAGCCCGGUGGCCACCCUGAGUCCCCGGAUGAACGCCAACACAGCCUUCCAGUUCCCGAGCCUUGUCAAUCCGCACAUGACCUUUUCGCCGGUCACGCGACCCAGCUACUCGGGACUCGAGAAUCUGGCCACCCCAGGUUUUGUGUCGUCCCCGACGCGCACGAUUCCCGUGUUAUGACAAUAGUGUGUCCCUCUUUCUAAGUGCUGUAUAACUAUGUGUUGUUAAGACGUGUUGCAUUUGAUGCGGGCGGGAAGUGCUGCUCAUUCUAAAUGUAUCAAGUCGACGAACACUGCGCUUAAAAGUACAGAGGGGCGUCGUUAGGCAACUGACUGUUUUUGUGACUCUGGCUCAUUGACCCAGUUUUAUCUCUCCCCCCCCCCCCCCCCCCCCCAUCCUUCCAAAAAGUAUUGUACAUUGUAUACUAACAUUGUAACUUGAUAAACUCUACUACUCUUAUUAACAUGAAGAAAUUUGUUUGAAGGAACAACAUUAUAGCAACACUGUUGGGCAAGUAGCUGGUUGAAUUGCCCCGUUUCUUGCGCUUUGGUGCGACCACUUAAAAUCCAAUUAGGACUAAUAUGUUUUUAAGCUGGUUGAAAUCCGUAUAACUGUGUUUCAAGGGUUAGCUCUGGGAACCACUUUGGCGCGACACUAGUCUUCUGUAACAUGAAACAGAAAUUUAAGGAAUUUAAACUGUCUAAAUUUUGAAAUUAAAUAAACGCUAACUUGA